UCUAGACGUGUCCAACUUAUUUGCAUGUGUAGAUAGGCAUGGCUGUAACAAAUUUCGAGAUCAAAGAAUACAUUAUAGUUUGGUGAAGAUAAUGUUUUUGUUUUUGAAGCGCAUUUCGUUAAUUGAUUGAACAUGUGGCAUAAGUUGGAGACAUAGCAUAGCAUCAGAAAGCAGUCUGACAGUGGAAAUUGGUUCUAUUUUCUGCUUUAAAUAAACUCUGCACGAUCCCAUUAUGGACACGGUACGACUACAUCUGAUAGGGAGUAUUAUCAUUUGUAUUGUCUUGUUGUUGAUUGUUUCAACAUAUAUGUUAAACGUAACAUCGUCAUAUUCAGCCAAUCUCUUCGGUACGGGACAUCGUAUGCUAGAUUUUGAUAUAAAGGCUGUAUCUUCACCCAAAAUAAAUGUAGACGAGAUGUUAGCAACAAGUAGAAACGAAAAAUUGAGGAAACGUUGUGGAUCCCGGUUUUAUAAUGGAACAAUCAACUCCAACACAUGGAAUAGGUUCUCACCAGCUCAUAAACCAAGACUGCAUUACUCGGAUAAACAUAAACUUAUAGCCUGUACAAUUCCAAAGAGUGGAAGUACAAGUUGGAUUAAAGCAAUACUAAUGGCGGAUGGUAUCGUAAAUGUAUCAACGCCAAAUGAAAUCGAACAGGAAGAUGCUUACAAAUUAGGCAUGAAGCAUAGGUAUUUAUGGUUACACUUUAACCAUACCUCGAAACAUGGAAAAGCAGAAAUAAACAGGCGAUUGAAUGAUUACUAUCGAAUUAUCAUUGUUCGGGAACCACUUGAACGUGUCGUUUCAGCAUAUCUUGAUAAGGUAGUUCACGGAAAAGAUAUAUAUGCUAAACUAGCUCAUUCACUGCACAAAGGAAAUGACGGUAUCACAACAUUUGAAGAAUUUGUUGAUUCGAUUAUAAGCAGACCCUCUUUCACAUACGACAUUCACUGGAAUUUAUACGAAAGCAUAUGCGAUCCAUGUCGGAUGCAAUAUCACUACAUUGUAAAACUAGAGACAAUGUCACAAGAUGUCAAGUUUGUGUCUAAAAUGACAGGGAUUGAUAGCCAACUUUUUACUUCGGAGAAAACAGCUGAAAGAGUAUCGUCUCUGGAACACAAAUGGAAAACAAAAUAUCGGAAGUACUUGGAAGACCUUCCGAUAGAAAAAUUAAGAAAACUGUACAAGAUAUAUUCUAAAGAAUAUGAAACAUUUGGUUAUUCUGUGCCUUCCUAUAUAUUACCUCCCAAAAACAAUUCGAAGUCGGUUGAAGAUUGACGAUUGUAGAAAUGUAUCGCAACUAGUUAUAUAUCUUUAUGAUUCCGACUGUGAUCCAGAACAAAUUGAAAAAAUUCACGCGAAUUGGUUUCUGACUUCCUGCCAUAUUGCACAGAGCAAAUGGUGAUUCUCUACUUAAUGAUCAUUACGCUGACUGCACAAAAAUGCCAACAACACUGCAUUGUACCCUUCAAUGAGUAAUGAAAACAAGCAGCGCUGUAAGAAGAAGAAAAGAAGCAAUUAUCAGCGAACCACCUCUGACAAUCUCUGCAAUCGGUGCUGCGAUAGCAAACUAAUCAUUUUAGAAGUUUCGACUCAAAGUACGAGUUAUUGAUGAAGAAUUUAAAGACUUCAGUCUUCUUCUGAACUGAUAAAGGCAUAAAAUAGAUCUCUGAACUGUGGUGCCAAUACAAUUAUAGGCCAGAGCGCAGAACACCAGAUUAUACUGUCACUGUCUCUUAAAAAUGAAAACGAUUUAUAACAACUUCAAAUUUUAUUAACAAGAUGCACGUCUGAAUAUUCAUAUUACUUCACAUUGAAAAAUAUACUUUGUAGAGACUUUUUUUAA